AUGGGAGUUCCGGCGUUUUACAGGUGGCUGGCGGAUCGGUAUCCUCAGUCGAUUGUGGACGUGAAGGAGGAUUUGCCGAAGGAGGAUCGAAAUGGGGUGCUCUUACCCGUCGAUAUAUCGAGACCAAACCCUAACGGCAUGGAGUUUGAUAAUUUGUACUUAGACAUGAAUGAAGAAGAUGAAAAAUCAAAAGGCUUUUUAAGAGAUAUGGUGGACCAGGCCAUGAAAAAUAAAGCUGGGCGGUGGGAUAGUGUUGGGCUUGUAACUAAUGGUCUAGAAACAAAAAAUAAGAAUGGAAAAGACAAUGCCCUUGUAACCCAUUCAACCUAUGAGUCUAGGGCUAUUCUUCAACGGCAAACAGAGGAGGAGGUGAAGGCGGUCGCUGGAAUUGAUGAAGCCGAUACAAUUAAAGGACUGGAUCCCCUUACUAGGAUGAUUUCUCUUGGUAAGGAUAGCCCGACCAAGGGUUCGGAUUUGCAAANCAGGCGGUCGCUGGAAUUGAUGAAGCCGAUACAAUUAAAGGACUGGAUCCCAUUACUAGGAUGA